AUGAUCUUACAAAAAAAAAUAUACAUUACAUUACGUGACGGAUCCGUUGCUCUUCUACCAGCUCUUGAAUCAUCGAUUAGUAAUCUCAUCAAACUCGUUAAAAGAGCUCCGAGCACCACUUCGUCCAAUCUAGCAAAAACAACUGUACCGAUAUGCUAUUCGACAAUUCAUACACCGUCACCAUCAGAUAUUUCAAUGUUUGCUAAUUCAUCUAACCCGUCAUCACUUUAUAUUUCAACUGCAUCUAAUCCUCUUAUAGAUCAGAUGUCAAAUAGAAUUUCAACAACUAUUAUCGAUUGGCUCAAGAAAAACCAACAAGAACUAAAUUUAAUGAAUACGAAUUUUCAACAAGGCAUCGAUUUUCUUGUUGAAUUAAAUAAACAACGAGAUGGAAUUAUCUUAGUUGGUGUAAAUGUGGCACGAAAAAUGCUAUUACAUAAAAACGAGGAAUUCUUAGAGUAAGAGAUUGAAUAAUUUAAUCUUUAAAUUUUGUGUACUAAAAAAAGAUCAUUUGAUUUAGUUUUCGAAUAUCUAUCGACAUUUCAAUUCCGGCAAAUGUUCAUUGAUCAUCGGAAAAAAAACAAAAUUCAGGCGACGAUCACAACACCGAUGAUGAUCAAGAAAAAGAUAGUCAAGCAGAGUUAACUAUGACAACUCCAUGUCAAUCAAAUCGAAUUCCAUUAUAUCUAAAUCUUCAAAAGUGAAUAAUCGUACUCGUUCUGCUUCAAAUGUAUCUAAGAGACAAAGACAGCGAUUUAAUUAGAUACUUGUGUCUCUAAUCAGUACUUCUUAUUUAUUUAGUUUUAAUCCUAACUUUUUUAUUUGCAUUGUGAAUUAAUCUUUAUUUGUUUUGACUCAUUAUUACUCUAAGUGAUUAUAUGGAUUAUAUCUUUUCGACUGUUUUGUUGUUGAUGUAUUUUUAGACAUUCAGACAAAUGAUUUUCGAUUAGAUUCUAACCUUCGUUUAUAAAAGAUAGGCAUCUCAUUUUGAUCAAUAAACUAUUUUUAAUUACUUGACUCGCUUGAAUCCAUUACUUGAUGUUUCAGAUGAAUAUAUUAGAAUUGUAUUUCUCAAAUCUUCAAGUUUACUGUCAAAAGAAAUCAUUAAUGUCUAUCCCGUUACAAACUAGCAUCUUCGAACUUCAAGAUGAAGCUUUUUUUCAAGUAGUAAAAGAACAAUAUAGUGUAACAAUGGUUGAAAUCUUACGUUUUCUCGAAGUGAACUCGGCG